GUUAGUCUGGGCCAGGGUGUUGUAGCAUGUUGUCUCCUACUCUACAAGAGAACAGGAGCCUGCUGCCAUUUGAUUUGUCUGAGUUCCAUGCCUUAUCCCAUUCUACACUGUCAAUGAUCUCUGAAGGCGUGUUCUUGCUUGAAUUGCGUAAAUGUAAAUGUUUCCCCGUCAGAAUGUAACUGACCAGUGUUUUUCUUUUCCCCUUCUUCCAGACGUGGUGGUGGAGGAGUUCUUUGAGUACGAUGCUGAGGACUUCCUGGUGUUCCUGACCCUGUUGAUCACUGAGGGACGGACCCCAGAAUGUUCUGUGAAGGGUCGCACAGAGGGGCUGCACUGCCCCCCUGCAAAGUCCGCCCUGCCGCCCCUACACAGGCACGAGUGCAGCGACAAACUGCCACAGUGUGUGCAGGCGCGGCGUGUGCGCUCGGAGGUGUGUGUGUUGUGGAGGAACAGUAUUCCCAUCAUGGUGGAGGUGAUGCUGCUGCCAGACUGUUGCUAUGGAGACGAGAGUCCCCCUAGUGACCCCAUCAGUGACCCAGCGAUCAAACAAGACGCUCUGCUACUGGAGCGAUGGACUCUGCAGCCUGUACCACGACAGAGCGGUGAUAGGUUUAUAGAGGAGAAGACUCUGCUGUUGGCUGUUCGUUCCUACGUCUUCUUCUCCCAGCUCAGUGCCUGGCUCAGUGCUUCUCACGGCAUUGUACCCCGAAACAUCCUGUAUAGGAUCAGUGCAGCAGAUGAGGAGUGUGUCUGUCAGUUCUCCCAGCCCCCAGCGGAGCACCUGUUCCCUGUCCCUAACGUGUCCCAGAGUGUUGCCCUGAGGCUCAGGGUCCAGUCACUCCCUCGUCAGCCCACCUACCCCACCCUGGCCUGUAGCAUACACACCGGCCUGACCCUGGCCCCACUCUACAGCAAGACCCCCAGCCUUAAGCCCAACCUCAGCCCUAACCUCUACAGCAAGACACCUAGCCUUAACCCAGGCCUGAACCCUAACCUCUACAGCAAGACACCUAGCCUGAACCCUAACCUCUACAGCAAGACACCUAGCCUUAACCCAGGCCUGAACCAUAACCCGCCUCUGUACGAGAGGAGCCACAACUCUAAAGAGAGCCACAACAGAGCGUCUCUGCCUUUCUCUGGCCUCCCCUUCCCCAGUCCUCCCAGUCUCGCCCUGCCCAGUAAGAGAGGCCCGGACCCCACAGACAGCCAUGGUCAUUCUAGCCAGAAUGGAUCAGACCUCCCCCGGGUCAAUAAGGGGCAGACAWCAUCCCCCUACCUCCUCCCCCUCUCCCCCCGGCCCUCCCCCCACCCCCACAGGAAGCUGUCCUCCACCGUGCCCCUCCCCCCCGGGGGAAAGACUGUCAGGUGGCUCUAUGCCCUCACCUCAGACCCCUCCGAUGACAUCACACACACCACCGAGGAUUAUGGGAAGGCCGUCAACGGGGCCGAGAGCUCCAAGCGGCGUGGCUCCGAAGCCCUCCGGGCCUUUAAGACGUAUUCUUUGGCAGAGCCCCCGCGGUGCCCCUCCCCCAGACCCUCCUCUGAGACUAAUCCUCUGAUUGGCUCGCUGCUCCAGGAGAGACAGGAAGUCAUCGCCCGCAUCGCUCAGCGCCUCAACUUCUGCGACCCGACCGCCCCCCAUCUCCCCCCUGCCCUCUUCACCCCCGACACCCACACCAAGACCCCUGUCCGGGGCAGUUACCUUGACAACACCACGCUCAGCAAGACCAAAGAGCCAGAGGGAGCUCCGCCUACUGAGGACACCCCGCCCUCCCCUUUCGACACGCCUAUUGGCGACGCAGCGGCUAUUAUCAGGGAGACGCUGUCUCCGAAACCUGUUGCCUGCCGCAGACUGAGACUCCCAGAGGACAGAGAUGGAGAGACACUGAGAGACCUGGAGACACAGAGAGACAGAGAGGCAUUGAGAGACCGACAGCGAGAGAGAGACAGUAGUCUCUUGUCCCAUGCUGUUCAGGACAUUACCAGACUGAUUCAGGACAGACUGUCUGUCCCCUCUCUGUCCCCAACACACAGCCGCAGCAGCAGCCCGUUACACAAACCACAUACACACAGCACACACACGCUGUGCACCGACACACACACCACACACAGAGGCGGCUACAGUCAUAGCAGUGGCCACUGCAACGGCUACACACCCAGCCAWGACACACACACUCUCUCACACACACCUGCUAGCACAGACAGAGCUGGUGCUCCUCCAGAGACAGACGGUCCAAUCAGAGCCCAGAACGGCUGUUCAACACUUGAAGACCCUCAGGUCAGCCCCCGACUCCAAAUCCUGUCCCGGUCUUCUCCUCUAGUCAUCCCACGGCCUCUACCCCAGCCCCAGUCUCAGGCCUCUCCACUACUCAGCCCCAAGAGUCCCAGGGCCAAGACCUCAAAGAGUUUACACCCCACCCGCCCCCAAGAGGAGCCCAGACCCUCCUCACCUAAAGACAACAUUCUGAGGACCAUCCAGACCCUAACAGUGACCCAGACCACCACCCUGACCCAGACCACUGCACAGACCUUGACCACCAAGCUCACCCACACCCAGACCACUGCUCUCAUCCAGAACCACAUGAAACCUCUGACUCAGUCUCACAACCAGACCCAGACAGAGUCUCGAACUCCGCCCUCACGGACUCAGGGCAGCCCUCGAACCCAGCCCUCUAGUCUCCAGGAUGAGAACCAGGCCCCCCCAGGUUCCAAGUCCUCCAGCCCCCCCAGUCCUGCUACCUCACCCCCUGGCACAGAGCCCAACACUGUCCUGCGUUCUCCCUCGCCCCUGAGACCGUGUAACAGUUGGAGGAAACACAACCGUCACUCUCUGGACUCCACCCUCACCAAGGCCUUCCACCCCUGUACCGGCCUGCCCCUGCUCUCCAGCCCUGUUCCUCAGAGGAGAACUCAGACUGGUUACUUUGACCUGGACUCUUCUCUGACCAGCUGUAAAGGACUGCCCUGGACCGCAGGGAAGAGAGUGUGUGUGAAGAGAGUGGAGGAGUCAGAGGAACCUCAGCCGCUGUUCAGUGCCAGCGCUCCACCUGCCAGCCUCAGUCUACUGGGCAACUUUGAGGAGUGUGUGUUGAACUACCGCCUGGAGCCGUUGGGGUCGGUGGAGGGUUUCACGGCCGAGGUGGUGGCUUCCGGAACCUUCUGCCCCAGUCACAUGACCUUCCCCGUCGACGUCUCCUUCUGCGUCUCUGACGACAACGCACCCUCGCCAUACAUGGGAGUCAUCAACCUGGAGACUCUGGGUAAACGGGGCUACCGCGUCCCUCCAUCAGGAACCAUUCAAGUGACCUUAUUUAACCCCAAUAAGACGGUGGUGAAGAUGUUUGUGGUGGUGUAUGACCUGAGAGCCAUGCCUGCCGGCCACCAGACCUUCCUCCGUCAGAGGACCUUUUCUGUCCCCGUUCGACGGGACAGCACACACUUACACUCACACAAACACGGCAGCCCAGACAACACACACACACACGGCAGCAGCAGGAAAGCCCUCUCCCUYGGCCAGGAACGCAUCCUGCGCUACCUCAUUCACCUGAGGUUCCAGACCUCUAGGUCAGGUAAAGUGUACCUCCACAGGGAUAUCAGACUGCUGUUCAGUAGGAAGUCUAUGGAGGUAGACAGUGGAGCGGCCUACGAACUCAAGUCCUACACAGAGUCCCCAGCUGACCCAGCCUUCUCCCCGCGCUGCUGACACACACACACACACACCUCUAUCUGCUCUGACACACACACCUCUAUCUGCACUGAUACACACACACACACACACACACCUCUAUCUGCACUGACGCAUACAUGCACACCCACAGAGCUGUCAGAGAGCUGGGCUCAGAGCGUUCUCGUGUGGAACAGUCCAGACAGGCUCCGUCCCAGAUACCUAAGGCCUGGAGAUUUUGCUGACCAUGAACAACUCCUGGCCCUACAGAACCCUGCUGUUUUCUGUGAUGCUCAAACACAUCUUUAUAAAUGUAUUAAAGACAUGCUAAAACACACAUCAAAUACACGUUAGUGACCAUGGACCACUGACUGACCAGAACAAGCAAUCAAGCGACUGAGAAAAUUACAAGACGACAUUGAAAAAGCGCACUGUGUAUUUCCACGACUGGAAAUCAAAAGGAGUAAUAUUCUAAUAUUUUUUUGUACUGUUACAAAAACAAAUCUCUGAAGUGUUGCAAUAGAGAGUAACAUGUAGCUUUAGUGUUUACAUAAUUUUCUUUGUUUAUCGUCAGUUAUUUAAUAUUUAAAUUAAUAUUUCAGUUACUGCUUAUGUGACAUCUAUCAUCCUCAGCAUUAKGAUCUAGUGCAAAACUCUGUAAAUCAUAAUGUGUAUUUUUGACAUUAACUCAGAUCUGAAAAUAUAUCUAUAUCUUAAAGCAAUCUUGAAAGCUG